GAUAAGAGGGUCUAAAGGACGCGAGCCGGACUCGAGCUGAGCUAGUCGUGCUGCCGGAGCGUCGCUGAACCAAACCCCACCAUGAGGAGAUCGAUGCUGUGUGUUCUGCUGGCGCUUCUGGGGUUCGGAGGCAUCUCUGCUUCGUCAGUGGGACCUCGCUGCACAGAGCCCAGAGAUGAAGGGAAGGGAAACGCUAAGGUCUUGAUGUAUUUCUAUGACUCGCACUUCCAGUACUGCGUCCCCUUCUUCUAUAAAGGAGAAGGAGGCAACAGCAACCGCUUCAAGAGCGACCAAGAGUGCGUGACAGCGUGUGUGGCCAACGCGGAAGAAAUCUACCCGGAUGGGGAUAAAGCGUGCUCGCUGCCGAAGGACGAAGGCGCGUGUUUCGCCAUAAUCCCCAAGUAUCAUUACGACGAAGAAGAGAAAAUCUGCCGCAUGUUCCUGUAUGGAGGCUGCCGAGGAAACGCCAACCGUUUCGACUCUCGAGAGGAGUGUCAGGAAAAGUGUUUCGCUCGCUCAGGACGUUUUUUCGGAGCCGCAGACGUGCCAAACCCUGACGAGAAGACCGUUGAUGCAGGGCUGAUUGUGGGUGUUUUGGGCGGGAUCGUGUUCGCCGGCGCCGUCGUCUCUGCAGUCGUGUUCUUUGUGCUCCAAAAGAAAGGCAAGAAAGCAGAACGAAAGCCAGUGCCGACGUCUGACAUCGAAAUGAAAUAGAUCUCUGUUCGCAAGGUUUGCAUGUACAUAUGUCCUUAGUGCUUUUGUACCAUUUAUACGAGUUCUGUCUGAACAGCAAUAGAAGCAUUUGGUCUGAAUGAUGCAUAUUAUUAGUCACUGUGGUAAUGUUUUAUCUGAAUAGAAAGGUAAAGCAGUUCAAUACUGAAAGCAGUCUUUAAAUAUGAUGGCAGAUGUACCUGAUCAAAUGUACUGUACCAAUUAAGAUUACAACAAAUAAAUCACAACUUUUCUGUGUUUUA